AUGACACCGAAAAGUGAAGGUUAUCGGCGUAAAAUAAUAAAAAAAGAAACACUUAAAGAGCUGGAAGUCAAGUUGGCGCGCCGUAAUAAAAAUGAUAGAAAUCCCGAACAAGAUCUCCUUCGGCUACAGGAUCAAAAAUCGACAGUUUCGGAUCUAGUGUACAAUUAUUUAAGGAAAACUGCAUAUACCGAUAGUGUUCGGAAACAGCGUAAUAAUGCGUGCAAUAGGUUCCGUAAAAGAAACGCAAGGAGGAGAACUAUUCAUCCAAAACGCAAAUACACGAACAAUAACGGAUUAAAAUCUUACAUAUGUAACGCACUUUCAAUUGCUGUGUAUUCCGGAUAUUUAAUUCCCACCGAUAGAAGAGGGCAAUUUUUACGACUUUCUCCGUGCAUGACAUUACGUCACACAUUCGACCAAGAAUAA